AUGCUAACCCUUGCCGACGCCAACUGUGGCGUUUCGUCAAGAACAGCAACAAAGGAAUUGAAGAUAAAGAAAACUUGCAAAGAAGCAAAGAAAAGCAAGAGCAACACGAGAACGAGAAAUGCACAAUCCAUCUUGCGGUCUGCUGUGUCAAUCACUCUAGACGCGUAUCAGACCUCCGGAUUGGCCAUCCAAGUCUUCUAUGAAACGCACGAGUGCAUAUCCGUCGUUGCACCAUUCUGGCCAAAGAUGGUCUUUGCUGCUUUCGUGGCUUGGGAAAAAAAAAGUCGGCCACAAGAAACUAUUGCCCACACGUUCUUUACGAGCUCCGUCCACACGCUCGCGCUCCCAUUGAUGCGUUGCGUUUUUGCUUCAGCCUUUUCCCGACCCACCAGCCGAUAUGCACUUCUAGAUCGAAGACACUUGUCUGAGAAGACCAUUGCGACUUGA